AUGGGUCUCCGUUCUCGGCCCUCGUCCCCUCAUCUGGGUUGUGUGUACGAUGCAUAUGGAUGUGUCCUACAUUUCCUCAUGUACACAUAUAGGAAGCAGGAGGAGGAGCGAGAGGAAUCCCCAGUGAGAGCCCCUCUUCCUCUGGACAUCGCCCACGCGUUAGAGGAGCUGAGGAUCGAGACGCCCCUCCCUCAGCCCAGCGCCGACGAGUCUGGGUCAUCUGAGGGCAGCGUCGACGCAGCUCCACCUGCGUGUCAGCCAGUGUCCGCGGAACAGUGGUCUGACGUUAGCAAAGCCCCACACGAGACCAGGUCACAGCCGCUCUCCGCACGCCGCUCGCCCGAGUUUGCCAGGGAGUUCGAGAUCCUACAGCAUCUCGGAGGCGCCGGUGGAGCGCCGCUUCCCCUGAGCCUUACUCAGAAGCCCUUGUCGUUCCUCAUGUCAUACAAGGGACCGCGAACUCUGGACGCGGCCUUAUGGGACAUGGCCUGGAAUGGCGAGGAGGUCUUGCAGACGUGUCACAACGUCUGCCUGCGGGUCUCGGAAAUCCACAAGAUGGGCUACGUCCACAACGACUUGAAGAUCAACAAUCUGAUCUUAGACGAGGACCUGGACGUGGCCGUCAUCGACCUGGGCAACGCCUCGGAGAUCGGGAAAACCUUCUGCUACGGCGGGAGUAGGUGCUUCUGGCUGGCUCCCGAGAUGUACACGCGGCACCCGGUCUGCGUCAAGUCCGACAUUUUCUCCGUCGGAAUUAUCAUGUCGGAAAUAUACGUUAAGACGAGAAUUGGCCAUGGGUUCCCGGAGCUCCUGGAGGAGAUUCGCAGCGAAGACCCGGAGAAACGGCCUUCUCUGGAAGCCAUAAUGGACAGAUUAAAACAGAUAAGGGAUGCUUGGUCUAAGCGAGGCCAGGCGAGUAACGAGUAG